AUUAAGGAUUUUAAAUAGGACGCAAAGGGGAGAGAGAGCGAGAGAGAGAGAGGGAGAGAGUUAACGAGAGGGUGUCACUUCUGUUCUCCCGUCUGUCGAGGAAUACGAACUCAUUUCCCCAAGAGAAGCACUUGGGGAGGGAAGAACAUUUCGUGCUAUAACACAGAGCAACUUUUAACGCAAACCUGAAAGAGAUUGUUCGGUGUGCCUCCGGUCGCUGAACCAAUCGAAUACAAAGCUAAAAAGAAACCACCCUAGAGAAGCUCCGAGGAAGUGGAACUGACCCCACCCAAAAAAGAGGCAUUAAAAAUGAGCAGUCCACACCCACGACUCAAUCAGUCUAGCGCUCCGAGCUCCGCCGCCGUCUCGAACGCAGCCCUCGCCGACAAGGACGCAGACAUGCCCGCUACGGAAAAAGACCUGGCCGAAGACGCGCCAUGGAAGAAGAUCCAGCAGAACACCUUCACCAGGUGGUGCAACGAACACCUCAAGUGCGUGAACAAGCGCAUCGCCAACCUCCAAACCGACCUGAGCGACGGUCUCCGUUUGAUCGGUUUGCUGGAGGUCCUGAGUCAGAAGAAGAUGUUCCGAAAGUACAACCAACGCCCCACGUUCAGGCAAAUGCAGCUGGAAAACGUGUCCGUGGCGCUGGAGUUCUUGGAUAAAGAGAAUAUCAAGCUGGUGUCUAUUGACUCCAAAGCCAUUGUGGAUGGGAACCUGAAGCUGAUUCUGGGGUUGAUAUGGACCCUUAUUCUCCACUACUCCAUUUCCAUGCCGAUGUGGGAUGAGGAGGAGGAUGACGACGUGGCCAAACAGAAAACGCCCAAGCAGAGGCUGCUGGGAUGGAUCCAGAACAAGCUUCCCCAGCUGCCCAUCACCAACUUCAGCCGGGACUGGCAGUCUGGCAAGGCGCUUGGUGCCCUGGUCGAUAGCUGUGCCCCAGGUCUGUGCCCUGACUGGGACUCUUGGGAUCAGACGAAACCAGUGGACAAUGCUCGAGAGGCUAUGCAACAGGCUGACGACUGGCUGGGCAUCCCACAGGUUAUCACCCCUGAAGAAAUCGUGGAUCCCAAUGUGGACGAGCACUCCGUGAUGACCUACCUGUCCCAGUUUCCCAAAGCCAAACUGAAGCCAGGGGCUCCCCUCCGACCCAAACUGAACCCCAAAAAGGCUCGUGCCUAUGGGCCAGGUAUCGAGCCCACUGGCAAUGUGGUGAUGAAGAAAGCUGAGUUUACAGUGGAGACCAUCAGUGCUGGGAUGGGCGAGGUCUUGGUGUAUGUUGAGGACCCUGCUGGGCACAGGGAGGAGGCUAAGGUGACGGCCAACAAUGACAAAAACCGCACCUACUCUGUUGUCUAUAUUCCCAAAGUGACUGGCACACACAAGGUGACUGUGCUGUUUGCUGGGCUUCACAUUUCCAAGAGCCCCUUUGAUGUGGAUGUGGGGAUGUCUCAGGGUGAUGCCAGCAAGGUGACUGCCCAGGGUCCAGGACUGGAGCCCAGUGGCAACAUUGCCAAUAAGACCACCUACUUCGAUGUGUAUACUGCAGGUGCGGGUAUAGGAGAGGUGGGAGUGUCCAUUGUUGAUCCUACUGGAAAGAAGGACACUGUGGAGUGCAAUAUUGAGGACAAGGGGAACAGCAGCUACCGGUGUACUUACAAGCCCACGAAAGAGGGUGUCCACACCAUCUACAUCACUUUUGCUGGAAGUCAGAUAUCCAAGAGCCCCUUCACUGUCACUGUGGGAGAAGCUUGUAACCCAUCUCUCUGUCGGGCAAAAGGCCGUGGACUUCAGCCCAAAGGCCUGCGUGUCAAAGAGACUGCCGAUUUCAAAGUUUACACCAAGGGUGCCGGUACAGGAGAUCUGAAAGUCACUAUCAAAGGACCAAAGGGUCUGGAGGAGCCUUGCAAGAAGAAGGACCUAGGCGAUGGGGUGUACAGCUUUGAAUAUUACCCAACCACCACUGGGAACUACACCAUCACCAUUACAUGGGGUGGUCAGCAGAUCCCUCGCAGCCCCUUCGAGGUAAAAAUCGGCACCGAGGCGGGACCGCAGAAAGUGCGGGCAUGGGGUCCAGGGCUGGAAGGCGGAGUCGUUGGGAGCUCAGCAGACUUUGUGGUGGAAGCAGUGGGAGAUGAUGUGGGAACAUUGGCCCAUUGUUGGCAUCUCCCAGGCUUUUCAGUGGAAGGGCCCUCUCAGGCUAAGAUCGAGUGCGAUGACAAGGGUGAUGGCUCCUGCGAUGUCCGCUACUGGCCCACCGAGGCUGGGGAGUAUGCAGUGCACGUCCUGUGCAACAACGAGGACAUCCAGUACAGCCCCUUCAUGGCCGAAAUCAAGCCAUCACCAGGGAAAGACUUCCACCCAGAAAAGGUUAAGGCUUACGGCCCAGGACUGCAAAGCACUGGCUUGGCAAUGAGCAAACCAGCCGAAUUCACAGUUGAUGCCAAGCAGGGAGGGAAGGCCCCACUGAAGAUCCAGGCUCAGGAUGGUGAUGGUAACCCUGUGGAUGUCCAGGUGAAAGACAAUGGCAAUGGUACCUACAGCUGCUUCUACACCCCACGCAAACCCCUCAAACACACCGUCAUGGUGUCCUGGGGUGGAGUCAACAUUCCAGACAGUCCCUUCCGGAUGAGCAUUGGUGCUGGCAGCCACCCGAAUAAGGUCAAAGUGUCAGGACCUGGGGUGGCUAAGACUGGCCUGAAGGCUUUCGAGCCGACUUACUUCACUGUGGACUGCUCUGAGGCUGGCCAAGGGGACAUCAGCAUUGGAAUCAAGUGUGCCCCUGGAGUGGUUGGUCCUGCAGAAGCGGAUAUUGAUUUUGAUAUCAUCCGCAACGACAAUGACACCUUCACGGUCAAAUACACCCCUCCUGGUGCUGGAAGCUACACCAUAAUGGUGCUCUUUGCUGAUCAGGCCAUUCCAAUGACUCCCUUCAGAAUCAAAGUGGACCCAUCCCAUGAUGCUAGCAAAGUCAAGGCAGAGGGGCCAGGGCUGAGCAGGAGUGGCAUUGAGUGGAACAAGCCAACCCACUUCACUGUGAACACUAAAGGAGCAGGCAAAGCCAAGCUGGAUGUGCAGUUCACUGGCCCAACCAAAGCCGAUGCAGUGAAGGACUUUGAUAUUGUCAACAACCAUGAUAAUACCUACACUGUCAAAUACACUCCAGUACAGCAGGGUAAUAUGGGAGUGAACGUCACGUAUGGUGGAGACAGCAUUCCCAAGAGUCCUUUCUCUGUUGGUGUGGCCCCAUCUCUUGACCUCAGCAAGAUUAAAGUGUCUGGGCCAGGAGAGAAGAUGACUGUUGGUAAGGAUCAGGAGUUCACAGUGAAGUCCAAGGGGGCUGGUGGGCAAGGCAAAGUGGCAGCCAAGGUCACAGGUCCCUCUGGCAAGCCCGUGCCCUGCAAAGUGGAGCCUAGCCUGAGCCCAGAGACGAGCCAAGUGCGCUUCAUCCCCAGGGAGCAGGGGCCCUAUGAGGUGGAGCUGACCUACGAUGGAGCUCCUAUCCCUGGCAGCCCAUUCCCGGUUGAGGCAGUGGCACCUGCAGAUCCAUCCAAGGUAAGGUGCUCAGGCCCUGGCUUGGAACGAGCCAAAGUUGGGGAGACGGGGAAGUUCAAUGUGGACUGUACCAACGCUGGCCCAGCCGAAUUGACAAUCGAGAUCAUCUCCGACAACGGCACAGAGGCUGAGGUGCACAUCCAGGACAAUGGAGAUGGCACCUACACAAUCACUUACAUCCCCCUCUACCCUGGUGUCUACACUAUCACUAUUCGCUAUGGAGGCCAGGAUGUGCCCAACUUCCCCGCCAGACUCACGGUGGAGCCUGCUGUGGACUCCACCGGUGUCAAAGUGUUUGGCCCUGGAGUUGGGAACAAAGGCGUUUUCCGUGAAGCUACCACUGAUUUCACAGUGGACGCCCGUGCCUUAACCAAAAGCGGUGGCAACCAUAUCAAGACCCGAAUCAACAACCCAUCAGGCAACCGCACGGAUGCCCUGAUCCGGGACCUUGGCGAUGGCACCUACCAGGUGGAAUACACACCUUAUGAAGAAGGUGUUCAUAAUGUGGAAGUGUGUUAUGAUGAUGCCCCAGUGCCCAACAGCCCAUUCCGCGUGCCUGUAACAGAGGGCUGUGACCCUGCCAGGGUGAGAGUUCAUGGACCAGGGCUGCAGAGUGGCAUCACCAAUAAACCAAACAAAUUUACUGUUGAGACUCGUGGUGCUGGCACAGGUGGUCUGGGUCUGGCAGUGGAGGGUCCAUCAGAAGCCAAGAUGUCCUGUACAGACAACAAGGAUGGCAGCUGUUCUGUUGAAUAUGUGCCGUAUGAACCUGGCACCUACAACCUCAACAUAACCUAUGGUGGACAGCCUGUGAAGGGAAGUCCAUUCUCUGUGCCCGUUCACGAUGUGGUGGAUGCUUCAAAGGUGAAGUGCCUGGGACAGGGUCUGGGCAACAAUGUGCGUGCCAACAUACCCCAGAGCUUCACAGUGGACACCAGCAAGGCAGGGGUGGCACCUCUCCAAGUGCGGGUGCAAGGACCCAAAGGUAUUGUGGAACCAGUGGAGGUGGUGGAUAAUGGAGACAAAACUCACACUGUCAGUUAUGUGCCAACGAGAGAAGGACCAUACUCGGUCAGCGUGUUGUAUGCAGAUGAGGAAAUUCCACGCAGUCCGUUUAAGGUCAAAGUGUUGCCUACUCAUGAUGCCAGCAAAGUGAAGGCAAGCGGGCCUGGGCUCAACACCACAGGCGUGCCUGCCAGUCUGCCCGUGGAGUUCACCAUUGAUGCCAAGGAUGCAGGGGAGGGGCUGCUAGCAGUGCAGAUCACGGACCCAGAAGGAAAACCCAAGAAAGCCAACAUUCGGGACAACCAGGAUGGGACCUAUUUGGUGUCUUAUGUCCCAGACAUGACAGGACGCUACACUAUCCUAAUCAAAUACGGAGGGGAUGACAUCCCAUACUCUCCCUACCGAAUCCGUGCUCUGCCAACUGGAGAUGCCAGCAAGUGCACUGUCACAGUCUCAAUUGGAGGUCAUGGGUUGGGUGCUGGAGUGGGCCCCACCAUCCAGAUAGGAGAAGAGACGGUUAUCACAGUGGACGCCAAGGCAGCUGGCAAGGGCAAGGUGACCUGUACUGUGUGCACCCCUGAUGGCACGGAGGUGGACGUGGAUGUUGUUGAGAACGAGGACGGCACCUUUGACAUCUUCUAUACUGCCCCACAGCCUGGCAAAUAUGUCAUAUGUGUGCGGUUUGGAGGGGAGCACAUCCCCAACAGCCCCUUCCAGGUCACUGCCCUGGAUGGUGCACCCACUGAACAGAUGCUACAGCAGACUCAAGUGCCCCAGUAUGCCUACGCGCCCGGUGUAGGGCAACCUUGGGCUACUGACCGCCCAGUGGGCAUGAAUGGGCUUGAUGUGGCUGGACUGCGGCCUUUUGACCUAGUCAUUCCUUUCACCAUCAAAAAGGGAGAGAUCACAGGUGAUGUUCGGAUGCCAUCAGGCAAGAUUGCCAAGCCUGAUAUUACUGACAAUAAGGAUGGUACUGUGACUGUCAAAUAUGCACCCACUGAGGCUGGCCUACAUGAGAUGGACAUCAAAUACGAUGGCAUCCACAUUCCAGGUAGCCCACUCCAGUUCUAUGUGGACUAUGUGAACAGUGGGCAUGUGACUGCAUAUGGACCUGGUCUGAUCCAUGGCAUGGUCAACAAACCAGCAAUCUUCACUGUCAACACGAAAGAUGCUGGAGAAGGUGGGCUAUCUUUGGCUAUUGAGGGACCCUCAAAAGCCGACAUCAGCUGCACUGACAACCAGGAUGGAACAUGUACUGUAUCUUACCUGCCUGUUCUGCCUGGAGACUACAAUAUUCUGGUUCGAUACAAUGACAAGCACAUUCCUGGAAGCCCCUUCGUAGCCAAAAUCACUGGCGAUGACUCAAUGCGCAUGUCCCACCUCAAAGUGGGCUCUGCUGCCGACAUCCCCCUGGACAUUGGAGAGCUGGACCUCAGCCAGUUGACCGCCAGCCUGACCACUCCCUCUGGACGCGAGGAGCCCUGCCUGCUCAAGAUGCUGCGAAACGGACAUGUUGGCAUCUCUUUCGUCCCCAAGGAGAUUGGAGAGCAUCUGGUCAACAUCAAGAAAAAUGGACGUCAUAUUCCCAGCAGCCCCAUCACAGUCAUGAUCAACCAGUCGGAGAUUGGAGAUGCCAGCCGUGUGCGGGUGUCUGGGCCAGGCCUGUCUGAAGCACGAACCUUUGAACCAGCAGAGUUCAUCAUUGACACUCGUGAAGCAGGUUAUGGUGGCCUGAGUCUGUCCAUUGAAGGCCCCAGUAAAGUGGACAUCAACACUGAGGACCAGGAGGAUGGGACAUGCAAGGUGACUUACUGUCCCACGGAACCAGGAAAUUACAUUAUCAACAUCAAGUUUGCUGACCAACAUGUACCAGGCAGUGCAUUCACCGUCAAGGUGACGGGAGAAGGGCGAAUGAAGGAGAGCAUCACGCGCCGCCGGCGGGCAGCUUCUGUAGCCAAUGUAGGAAGCCAGUGCGACCUUAGUCUGAAGAUACCAGAAAUCAAUAUUGGAGACAUGACGGCCCAGGUGACAAGUCCAUCAGGAAAAGUGCACAAGGCUGAGAUCAUGGAAGGGGAGAACAACACCUACUGCAUCCGAUUUGUGCCCACGGAGAUGGGUGUCCACACAGUUAGCGUCAAGUACCAAGGCCAGCAUGUGCCUGGCAGCCCCUUCCAGUUCACUGUGGGCCCUCUGGGUGAAGGAGGUGCCCACAAAGUGCGGGCAGGAGGGCCAGGCUUGGAGAGGGCAGAGGCUGGCAUCCCAGCGGAGUUCAGUAUCUGGACACGUGAAGCAGGUGCUGGGGGUCUGUCAAUUGCAGUGGAAGGACCCAGCAAAGCUGAGAUUGCCUUUGAAGACCGCAAGGAUGGAUCCAGUGGUGUCUCCUAUAUUGUGCAGGAGCCUGGGGACUACGAGGUGUCCAUUAAGUUCAACGAUGAACACAUCCCAGACAGCCCCUUCAUCGUGCCCGUGGCAUCUCCCUCUGACGAUGCCCGCAGGCUUACUGUUGCUAGUCUUCAGGAGUCCGGGUUAAAGGUCAACCAGCCAGCUUCUUUUGCUGUAAGCUUGAAUGGUGCCAAAGGAGUUAUUGAUGCCAAAGUGCAUAGCCCAUCAGGAGCACUUGAAGAAUGCUGUGUGACGGAGAUAGAUGAAGACAAGUAUGCAGUAAGGUUCAUUCCUCGUGAGAAUGGGCUCUACCUGAUUGAUGUCAAGUUCAAUGGCUCCCACAUUCCUGGAAGCCCCUUCAAGAUCCGUGUUGGCGAGACUGGGCAGGCAGGUGACCCAGGCAUGGUGUCUGCAUAUGGGGCAGGACUGGAGGGAGGAAAUACUGGCUCUCCAUGUGAAUUCAUUGUGAACACAAGUUCAGCUGGCCCUGGAGCCCUUGCUGUCACCAUAGAUGGGCCAUCCAAGGUCAAGAUGGACUGCCAGGAGUGUCCUGAAGGCUACAAAGUCAUAUACACACCAAUGGCCCCUGGGAACUACCUGAUCUCCAUCAAGUAUGGUGGCCCCUACCACAUUGUAGGAAGUCCCUACAAAGCCAAGAUCACUGGCCCCCGGUUAGUGAGCAGUCACAGCCUCCAUGAGACGUCUUCCGUCCUCGUUGAUCCCAUUUCUCGGAGUUCAGCCACCAUGCAGCAGGGGGCGCCAGCCUGGGCCUCUUCGGAUGCCAGCCAUGUUGUUGCCAAGGGGCUAGGCCUUACUAAAGGCUUUGUGGGCCAGAAGAACAGCUUCAGUGUGGACUGUAGCAAAGCAGGCAGGAACAUGCUGCUGGUGGGAGUGGACGGUCCCAAGGUGCCUUGUGAGGAGAUUCUGGUCAAGCACCUGGGUAACCGCCUGUACAACGUGAGCUACCAGUUGAAAGAGAAAGGCGACUACAUUCUGGUUGUGAAAUGGGGUGAUGAGCAUAUUCCUGGCAGCCCUUUCCACAUCUCUGUGCCCUAAAGUCUCCUCCUGCCCCCUUUCCCUCCCUGCUUACAGAGGAUAAUGCACACUGUGCCCUUAACCUCUCCUCCUCCCAUUAUUUUUGAAAAGCAAGCACCUUCACUCUAAAUCGAAAUCAUGACCUUCUAUUCUUGUUGCAGCAAAGCCUAAACAAAACCAGAAGUUUGUUCUUUAUGCUUAGUGCUAUGGAUUUUUUUUUUUGAUGGUUACCUGUUUUUGGAUUUAUGCCCAGGAUGGUAGUAUAGCUGCUAAUUUGUCUUAAUAGAAUAGCUAACCCUGUUGUAGGCACUAUUCUAGUUCUGAAGUGACUGUCCAUCCUACAUUUAUAGACCUUUUCCUGAGUGUUCAGAAUCGAACUGGAUUCCCACUGGAGGAAAAGGCAAGUCAGAUUUUGAACCUCUAGGACACUUAACUAAUAUUACAACUGUUAACAGAAUCGUCGUCAAAGUACUCUUUACCUUAGAGACCGUCUGCAGAUGUUAAAGGGAAUAGUCUAAAUUCUUAAAGAUAUUGCUAAAUUAAAAUUGAGAGAAUAGAAGAUGUCAAUGAGAGUAAUGUACAGUAGUAUGUUAGGAGUUAGGUGGUUAUAUGGUGGUUGAAGACUUGACACUUUUCCAGUUUGAUGCUUUUUGUGAACAAACAUGGUUGUGAUAUGCAACAAAAGGUCACUGUCACUUUCCCCUUACACUUUUUGUACUUUUUGUCCAGAAUAUUCAAUGUCUUUUGAAAGAAAAUGUACUUUUGAGGAAAUAAGCCUUUAAGAAUGUUAGACUGUUACAGUAUUUUGAUACACAAAGUUGUCUUAAAUUUUUACUGUUUACCAUUAAACUUGAAAAUGGCUUAUUGGUUUUCGUUUCUUUUAUUUUGUGGCGGAGCUUAAACAAGAUGGUAUUCUGAAAGAUUUGAAUGUGCAGAUUUUUCUGGCUAUCCAAUGAGGAAGCUGGAUUUUAAUAUACUCUGCCUUUUCAGAUUGAAUCUUGUUUAUAAUGCCAGUUCAAUCAGAUUUUUUUUAUUCAAAAUUGAUUUGUCAUUCUGUAACUUUGGUAUUUGAGAAAUAAGCCCAGCUGAAAAGUCUUUCCCAAAUUCCUUUACUGUUUUCCAUGGUUGCUUCCAUCCACAGUUCUGAGCUCCUGCAAAGGAUCUCAAUUUUAACAGUGCUCUAAUGUUCUACAUUUUAAAACCCAUGUCAAACUUUAAAAAGCACAGAAGCUAAUUUUCAGAAUGUUGCGACAAUGGUGUACCAACAGUUACCACUGCCUACAAGGAAUGAUCUUCAAUUUCUUCCACUGAAAACUUCAGAUUUAAGGUUAUUUAUACACUUGAGUGUCUGUCGGCUUCUAUGAUGGUCUUAACUGUGCAAAAGGGGGGACAAAGCUUUUGCUUUCGAGUUAUCCUGAUUAUCUUUCUCAUUUCUUAACUUGCACAUCAGCCGUUUUUAGCCUUCCAAAUGAUCAGUUGUUCUUUAAUAAAAUUAUGCUUUAAUACAA